GACCACGGCAAUAUAACAGACUGAUGUGAGGUGGUGGGGUGUCUAACAGACACAUGGCUUCGCCGGCUUGGAAAGGGUCGCUUCGCCAUGCGCGCAGGCUGCCAGGCUGAGGUGCUAUUUCUGUACCGGGCUGAAUGUAGCGUGGGCGCAGGGAACAGCGCGUUUCUAUAGUGAAUCAAUUAUCAGCAGCGAAGCCCCCGCAGGUCUCGGGAAGGGCCCUGAACGAUUCCCUAGCGGCACCUUUGCUAUUUCUAGCACGUUCACCGCAGUCUCCACCGGCGACUUCUCCACCAUGCUCUCGUCCGCCGUUUUUCCGUAGGUGGCUAUCAUCAGCACCAGUCCUGAUAGAAGAGCCGGGACACAGCGGUGUGAAUAGGAGCUGGAGUUUAGCUGCCAGGAUCCCAGCACACGCACGGGCUGCUCUGAUGUCUUAUCCGGACAGAGAAGAAAAGGAAAGAGGUCGCCGCUGAUCAGAAAAGACGUAAUUUGACCUGCGCCUCUCAAAGCCGGCAUCCCUAUUGAAGUCUAUCUCUGCAUUACCGCCUGUUCUGCCGACUUGGCUGCGGACACUUCAUGCGCUCACCAUUGUUGUGUAUGGGGGUACACAACAACACCAGGAUCAAACCAUGAAGGAAGUACUUUCUAACAACAGCACUACUAGCAUCUCUCAGGCACGGAAGGCAGUGGAGCAACUAAAAAUGGAAGCAUGCAUGGACAGGAUAAAGAUAUCCAAAGCUGCAGCAGAUUUGAUGGCCUAUUGUGAUGCUCACGUUAGAGAAGAUCCACUUAUUCUUCCUGUGCCUGCCUCAGAAAAUCCAUUUAGAGAGAAGAAAUUUUUUUGCAAUAUUCUUUAAAGUGUUUUUUUGUUCUUCAAUUGACAUUAUGCAUGUUAUUAUUAUUAUUAUGGGACUUUUUCUUUAAAUUACAGCGUACACAUAAACUUUAGAGGUAUUACAAAGAAUCUGGAGAAACAAGAUUAUUAUUGGUGAUUUAUUAACUUGCAUCUAUGAAGUAUUGUAUUAGAUAUCUUUUAGUGAGACUGUGAGGCUCUACAGAUGAUACAAUGCAGUUAUUAUAAUGUUAUUUUUAAAACACUAUAUUGAGUACUAUUAAGCCAUUCUGGAUUUAAACAGAAUUCAGUCUACAACCAAAAUCAAGACCUUUUUUGGGUGUAGUUGGGUGAGUAUAAUUAUAUUUCUUAAUUUUCUAUGUACAGUGAAACCUCCUUGAGAUGACCACCCACAAUUGCACAACAUUUUUUCUAGGGGGAUAGUCUUAUCAAAGAAAGCAUAAUCUUAUACCAAAUAUCCAUUUUGGUUAAGAGGAUAGUCUUUUCAAAGAGGUGGUCUUUUGGAAAGGUUUUACUGUAUUUGUUAUUGAGUGCAUUUUCUUCUGUUGUAGAUACACACACACACACACACACACAUAUAUAUAUAUAUAUAUAUAUAUAUAUAUAUAUAUAUAUAUAUAUAUAUAUAUAUAUAUAUAUAU